AUGAAAGCUCGCGCCUUAGACGAGAGAAAAGAAGAAGAAGAAGAAGAAGAAGAAGAAGAUAUGGCACGUCCAAAAUGGCUGCAAAGCUUCACACAGCAUGGCACGAAGCCGCCUUACCUCAAGUACCGCAGCUCGGAAGCCUUUAUCAUCGCGACGAUCGCGCUGGCUAUCUUCACGGACAUGUUCCUCUACGCCCUCAUCGUGCCCGUCGUGCCCUUCGCUAUCGAGUCUAGGUCCCACGUCGACUCUUCCAAAGUACAGUACUGGGUUUCAGUCCUCAUCGCUAUUUACGCCGCGGCGUUACUCUUCUUCUCGCCCGUCUGCGGAUGGCUGGCCGACCGAAGCACAUCGCGCCGCUCCCCGCUCAUCAUAGGUCUAUUUGCACUGCUGGGUGCGACGAUUUUGCUGGAUAUAGGAAGUAGUAUUGGAAUCAUGAUUGCGGGGAGGAUUUUGCAGGGGACGAGUGCAGCGGUUGUGUAA